GUAACAGUACCUGCAGGCUGCAGCCCACUUCAUCAUGUGACGCUUCAUGCACCUCUUUCAGCUGAACUCCGCUCACCUCUCCAACUCCUAAUCGUAAACCACCCUCCGCCUCACCCUCUAAUCCCACACAUAACCAACCCAAACAACAAACAACAGCCCCAAAACACAAGCACAGAAAAAAAUGGCCAACCCCAAAAAAUCCUACCACCUCGCCCCCAACUUCCAUAUCCCCGCAACCGGGCCCCUUACUCUCGGGACCAUAAUCACAUCACCCUCGACCCCCGAACGAACACUAACCGCCAACCCGCUCCCGGUAUCCAUCCCCGCAUCCCAAAUCUACACGUCCUCGCAAAAGAACUGGAGCGCAACGCGGUCCUCGCUCUCCUCCUACUCGGGCGGCGUAUGGACCAGUUUCUUAGCCAGCAUCCUCGGGAUCAGCGCCGAUAUCGAGGGCGAUGUGAAGAGAGAGACGAAAACGGAGUAUAGGGUAAAGGAGUUGGAGACGAGGUGGUUUUCUCCUGGGGAGGAAUUUAUUGGGGAGGUGUUGAAGGGGGGAAAAGUGAGGAGGUUUAUGGAGAGGAUGGGGUUUGGGAAGGGGGUUUUUAUGGUUGUGGGGAUUAAGGUUGCGAGGGGCUGGAGUGAGGGGGUUAGUAGUGGGGUUAAGGGGAUAGGGGGGAAGGUGAAGGUGGGUGUUGAUGGGAUGGUUGUAGGGGGUGUGCCGGUUGGGGUGGGACCUAAGGGGGAGGUGAAGAGGGAGGUGAAGGAUGGUGUUAGUUGGGAGAUGGGAGGGGAAGGAGAAGGGGAGGGAGAUGGAGGUUUUGUGUUUGCGUAUAGGCUUGUGAGGAUUAAGAGGAGGGGUAAGGAAGGGGGUUUCAAGGAGGAGGAUUUUAAUAAGGGCGCGCUAUUCGAGGAUGAAGUUGGUGGUGGGAACGAUGAGGAGAAUAAAUGGGAGUGGGAGGAUGUGAGGGACGGAGAGGGAGAGGGAGAGGAUGGUAGGGCUGUGGAUGUUGUAAAUGACGAUGUGGAGUAAGCGCUUUAGAGAGAAUGCAAUGAUAUGACCAGUACCGCGUUGAGACCAGGUUUGGCGAGGUUUGCCAAUUCUUUCUCUUUCGUAUACGGAACCAUCGCAUUCCUUUUCAUG